AUGGCUGAAGCGACCUUGAAUGCCGAAACCGUGACCAAGGCUCCCAAGGACAAGAAUUGUCCAUACUGCGGCCAAGCCUUCACCUCAUCCUCGUUGGGGAGACACCUUGACCUGUACAUCAAGGAAAAGAACCCCAAGGCGCCGGAUGGAAUUCAUAAUGUCGACGAGAUCCGGAAGAUCCGGGGCAGUAUCACCCGUCGACACCACAAGGGGAGCAGGAGAGCCAGCUCAGACCCCGCGGCCAGCCAUAACGGGUCCAGGCGCAGUCCAGAGGCUUCUGAUGCCGAAUCGCCCGCGGCAAAAUCACCAGGUAUGACCACGGACACUCAGUCCGCUGCGGACUUGACCAAGGGUUUAGCAUCCUUUACCGCUCCAUGGGAGACGACCGGGGUCAUUAACAACAUCCCUGAAGCAGAAGCUGGAGGCGGGAGCGCGGAUGCCGUCCGGCGGGCAAAUUUACAAAGAGCCCACAACAGGCAGAUGAUGAAGUCGUCUUUCGAUGUCAAGCAGAAAGUCCAGGAUGCUCUUGACCGAGCCAGAGCUGCGGAGCAGCAGGUGAAUGUGCACUCGAUGCCAUUCGAUUUCGAUCCGCUCUCGCUAGACUUUCCAGCGCUGUGUCUUCAGUGCUUGGAACCGCCACCAACUUUGUUCUCGUCUACUCAACAUCCCACUUCAACCUCGUGGUCCAUAGCCCCUCCUGGAGAGAAGCAGGAUCAAGCACUGUUAGCCUACUUCCAAGAGGAAUUUCGAAAGUGGAAGAUCACAUGCUCUGCUGCAACGACGGCAAUCAUGGAAGAAUUGACUUACCCUCCCUCUCAAACAGCAACAUUUCAAGAAAACACCCGUGACUCGGUGGAAAAGGCAGAGCGAGCUGCUGAGAAGCUCGAAAGGCAAGUAACAGAACAUCUUAGAUCUGCCUUCUCCGUAUGGCAGCAGCUUUCUCCGCAGCGCAGGCAGGAGCUGUGGAUAUUGGAGCUGGCUCGAAGCGUCGGGAGGAAACAGAAAGAGGUGGACAAAUUGAAGGAGACACAGCACUCGUUGGAGCAAGAAAAUACCAACCUCAAGUCACAAAUCGACCAUCUCAACCGACUACAACAACCACGGGAGUUCAAAAUCGCGAAUCCAAUGACAUGGAGCAUGAGCCAGAAGAUGAUACAGCUCUCGGCAGAAGCGGGCGUCAGUGGUCGCCGCGUUGUCGGGUUUAACAUGGAGGAUCGCCAUUCAGACCUCAACACGGUGGUCUCAACCGCUAUCGACAGAUGGAAAAGUGUCAUAGUGUCUUCAAGGGCAACAAGUGGCAUGACCUCCCAGAGACCUCUUGACCAGUCAUCAGCUUCUGCUCAGAUGCCUACAACCACAACGCAGCCCCCCACACCGACCGGCCAGCAAACGCAUCUCCACCAGUCCUCGCCCAGCAUUUCCACUUUUUCUCAACCGCCAUUCCUGCGAACCACAUCUCGAAGCCCCGUUGUUCCUACCAUCAUCGCCACCAGCGAGGCCAAGACAUCGAUUGCUGGCACACCAUCGGGACAAUCUGCCGAUGAUUCUGAUCAAGACUCGGACCCCGACGCAGAAGAAGGUGAAGAUGAAGAUGCUGACGCCGACGCCGACGCCGAAGAUGAUGUAGAGAUGGGAGGUGGAGCAGGAUAUCUUUCAGCGGCGCACACGCCUGUACCGCAGAGUACCCCUCAGAUGGCUCAAAAUCAGAUCCCUCAAAACCCGAUACUACAGGAUCAACAACCGUAUGCCACUCAGCAAAUGCCGGUUGAGCCUCGGCAGAGCCCGUAUCCUCAGACCUCACCAGGAGGUGGCAGCUACACUGGACAGGCCGCAGGCAUAUUGCCAAGCCAACAAUUGCAACUGGGCCAGCAGGCUUUUGGCCAGCACUACCGGGUCAACCAGGCCCACGGUGGUGGGAUGAAUAUGACGUGGGACAAUCACUGA